AAAUUAUCGCUUUUUAUAAUCGUUACGACUUUGCUCGAGUACGGGUGCGUUCCGUUUUUCGUCGACGAAUAUUGUUUGCUUCGUUGAGGGAAAGGUUUGAAAUUUUCUGUGGAUUGUUUUGUGAUUUCGAGAAGAAAAAUGCAUUGUUUUAUGCAAGUGGUCCAUGUUUAGAAAGCAAAGUGCAUUUCAAGUGUAGAAUGUUUACUAUCUCAAACAAACAAUCGAAAGUUGAAAUUUUCACAGUUUGUCAUCGUCAUUUUUCGGAAGUCACCAGUUUGAGGUGACCUUGAAGUGUUCUAGCCGAAAAUAUAAAUCCAAUAGAGGAAACUUCCAUCGGUCAACAUCGCAACGAGUAAAUCAACAUGGAUAAUAUGAUCAUGUCCCUGGAGGAAUCCCGCCGUACACAGCGCCCCUACCGGUAUGGAAUGAUACUGCUGUGCGUGGGCGCACUAGUCAACUGGCUCGGGUUAGCGCAGGACUACACAGAGCCAAUCCGGUACACAGGAGUGGCGUGCAUUUUGGCGGGAGCGUGCUUGAUCUGCACGGCCAUGUGCUGCUGGUUGCAUACACCAAACAGAGGAGGAUCGUCAAGUGAGAACGAUGAUCCGAUACACGUCAUAAGCGCCGCCGAGGAACGUCGCUGCGAGAAACCACCCGACUAUGACAGCGUAGCGGUGGCCCCUCCCAGCUACGACGACGCCAUCAAGCUGGACCCCUCGGCUCUGCUCCAACAGCAGCAGCAACCGCAGCACGCUUCUUCGCCAAUGGUACCUGCAGCCAACGCCACCGCCACCGGCCUUACAGUAGCCAAUCCAAACACCACCACCACCUCUACCACUCCUACCUCUAGUCCUAGUUCGUCGACAUUCAACUUCUCCAGUAUGCUGGGCCUGACUAGCAGCCGGAACAACAACAGUUCGGCCGCAGCCGCACCAGACCCAGCCAGCCUAGCCAUCGUGCACGAAAAGCCACCGCCAUAUGAGGCCACCGCAGGUCGUUCACAUCCGGCCAUCGUGGCCGCCAUUCCGAUCCAGCUGAAUCCGGCGAUUAUGGUUCCCGGGAGCAAUUGAACCGCAGUUCGCUGCCCCGAAUGGAUCACACCGAAGGGAACUCAUCCAGUGGAACUCACCGUUUCCGCUUCGAAAGCGCAAAGCGACGGUGACGCUUUACCGGUGUUAUGUCAGUGAUCCAUGUGCGCUUGUGCAGAACCUUUGGAAUGCACGGAAUCGGAAUGAAUGCGCCGCCACAUGCCGCCGCCAGUGUGAAUGAGUUCUAACGUGUUAAUCGAAGUGAUAAGUCCUCAACUGAAUCCACUCCACUCCGUUGUUGCGAGUGGAACAUUACAGUGACCGCAAGGCUGUGCUCAACUUGUAACUAUACAUUAUAGUUUUAAAAUAUUAUUUUCAUUCUGAAUUGUCGUGUACUUAUACAUACGUUAAUGCCUAUACCUCUAGAACGUAAGAGAAGACUUAUGUGUAUUAGCUAUCGCCCCCAAAGUCACCGAAAGAGCUGCGUGCUGAAAUGAAAACGUACCGGUUCCGGGUCCAGUAUUAGGAGAACAAGGUGAAUCCGCUGCCAAAUGUAGAAAAAGCCACAAUUAGAACGCACAAACAGUGCAAAAUCAGUAAAUCUGAAUUUAUUUGUGCAAUAGAGAGAAAACAUAAGUCGUACACGAAUGACUAUGAACCCAAAUCAUAUGUAAAUAAACAUUUAGUGACUCGUAUUCCAUUAGUCACCAACAUGUUCCACGAAGAAGUGCGUUGUUAAUCGUUGAUGGAAACUAGCCAGAAGUGCCGUGCUUAUACAAUGGGCCUCGAUCGAUUGGAAGAAGUAGAUUUGUUCAGGAGGAGAUUUGAAUUUCAGAAGACAAAUAACUUCAAGUUAUGCGCGCGAAUUUAGCUAAACCUACUUGAGUGAUAUAAACGAAUAUUGAACAAUAAAAACCUAUUGUGAUAA